AUGGAUAUGAAUGUUAAUGGCGUCCAUCAAGAUGAAUGGUAUACAGCUCAUUGCGGUUAUUGUACAUUUAUAUUACCUGUACGAUAUCAAGAUUUAAUUUUUAUUGGACAAGGAACAUAUGGUAUGGUUGUUCGAGCCACUGAUACAACAACAGGUAAAUAUGUAGCUAUUAAAAAACUUCUCCAUCCUUUUCAAACUGAUACACAUGCAAAACGAACUUAUCGAGAACUUGAACUACUUAUGUAUCUCAAUCAUCCUGAUGCACAAGUUGUACAAUUAUAUGAUGUAUUUACACCUGAAAAAAAUUUAAACGAAUUUCGAACAUUGUAUGUUUUUAUUCAUUCAGCUGGUAUUCUCCAUCGUGAUUUAAAACCAACGAAUAUUGGAAUCGAUAGAAAUAGCAAUAUUACAAUUCUUGAUUUUGGAUUAGCUCGUGUUGCAUCCACUGGUUGUCAUACUGAUUAUGUUGCUACCAGAUGGUGGCGUGCACCCGAAAUAUAUCUCAAUGAGACAAAAUAUGAUGAAAAAGUUGAUAUUUGGUCUAUUGGUUGUAUAAUGGCUGAACUAAUUCUUCGUAGGCCACUUUGCCCUGGAGAAACUACUACUGAUCAAUUAAACAGAAUAUUUGACAUUACUGGUACACCUGAUUCGACAACAUUACAAGAGAUAUGUGCACCAGGUGCAUCAGCUUAUCUUACUGGAAUGAAAUCUAAACCGAAAAAAGAUUUUAAUGAAUUAUUUGGUUUUAAAUAUGAUCCAUUAACAGAAACAAUAAUCUCGGGUGUUUCACCAGAAGGUAUUGAUUUGCUUGAUCGUCUUUUAUCUUUUGAUCCUCGUAAACGUUCAACUGCCGAAGAAGCUCUAGGCCAUCCAUUUUUGGAAUUUUAUCAUGAUCCUACGGAUGAACCAACUAUAGAACCUAUGAUUGAUAUACAUCAAGAUGCAAAAUAUACAAAAGAACAAUGGAAAUCUUAUCGACGAUGGGGUAAUCGCAUGGAUUUGGCAAACAAACUCGUAGCAGCGUUUUCGAUGAUUUGGAUUUUGAUCCUGUGUCACCGGCUCAUCUGGUAUAGCACAUCGAGUGGAUCAUGUGGAGGUCAAUCAGGCGUCUAUGCAUACUUCGAUAACUUGUUUGGCGCUAUUGUCACUUGUUUAUGUCCGAUGAUUAUUCUGACUGUGCUCGGUAUUCUAAUCGGACGAAGUAUUCGUCAUAUUAUUCAACGACGCACAGCACAUGUGGCUGCUAUCAAUGAAUCAACCAAUGCUAAUCAAUCGGUUAUUCAUAAAGUUGAUGCACAACUAACAAUCAUGAUUUUUAUGCAGAUUUUUGUUGCAAUGAUCUCUUUUUUGCCAUAUGCAGCACAAUUAUUAUACAGUAACAUCACUAAUGGUUGGUUCAAAUCACCUUUACGAGCUGCUUGGGAAACCGUGAUUGCAGAGACUAUUAAUCUUCUAUCGUAUCUUCUUUUUAGUUCUCCAUUUUAUGUUUCAAUCAUUUCAUUCAGUGGCUUUCGCCAUCAACUUUUACGUUCACUCGGAUUGAAGAAACAACAAACUGUCCAUCCUUCACAUACUCAAGAGACUGCGACUAUGAGACUCACCAAGAUCAAUGUCAAUACCCGUACCAUACUUCCUGAAUGA